AAUCAUUACUAGUUACCUGCGUUCUGUUUGAAAAACUAAGGUUAGGGCCUCGCAACUCAACAGUCGACCAUUAUAUCGAUGAAAUUAGUGUCGAAUAUUUUCGCGUGCAUUACAACCGCGUUUUGUUGUUUGAACUUUGGAGGAUAACGUGCUUAUGUCUGAUCUAUAUUUCCCGGCGAGCGUGGAUCUUAGAAGCUGCCAUAAUCUAUCGAUUGCGGUACGCAUUAUCAUUAAGGAAUUAUUCAAAUACUUAAGUGAAAGGCAAUAAAGGAAUAACGCAGUUCGGUAAUUGUGGGCGAGUGAAACAACAUAACCUGUGAAAAACAAAUUGUAAAAACAUGCCGACUUGGAACCAGAUUCAAGCUCAGUUGCGCAACCCAAACAACCCCGUAGUCUUCUUUGACGUAUCAGUCGGCACAACAGAAAUAGGGCGAAUGAUAUUUGAAUUAUUCGAAGAUGUGUGUCCAAAGACUUCGGAAAACUUUCGACAAUUCUGCACAGGCGAGUAUAGGAAAGACGGAGUGUCCCUCGGUUUUAAAGGUGCGAUUUUCCACCGUGUUAUCAAGGACUUCAUGAUCCAGGGUGGCGAUUUUGUCAACGGAGACGGUACGGGCGUCCUAAGCAUCUAUGGAGGGGGAACUUUUCCUGAUGAAAAUUUUACUCUUAAACACGAUUCCUCAGGGUUGUUAUCGAUGGCUAACAGUGGAAAGGAUACUAACGGCUGCCAGUUUUUUAUCACGUGCGCAAAGUGUAAUUUUUUGGAUGGUAAGCACGUUGUUUUUGGCAGAGUUAUUGAUGGACUUCUCGUCAUGAGAAAAGUUGAAAAUGUACCCACAGGACCCAACAAUAAACCCAAAAUACCAGUGACUAUAUCACAGUGUGGGCAAAUGUAGAUUCAAAUAUUCGUAAGAUAUUCUUAUGGUAAAACUCUGAAUGAAAACUCAGUUCAAUGCCCAUUUGUUUGUAAUAAUGAAAAUCGAAGAAUGAUCAGUGGUGUUUAAUGCAGAUUAAAAAAUUGGUUUCAAUUGUCUAUUAGAUAUUUAUUGUGUAUUGCUAUUUGUGCAGAUGAUAAAUAAUUAACAUCAAAAUAAUUAUAUCUAUUCUUAUAUAGUAACCUUAAAAAUCUGACAAAUCUCUUCACAAAUAAUCGCAUCCACAUGUUAGAUUUAUCAAUAAUCGAUAGUGGAUGCUGGGGCAGUUGGCACAUUUUUGAUCCUGUGUCCUUAAAUAAAAAAUUCUUAUUGUA